AUGGGGGUGGCAUUGAGGGAAAAGAGAAACUGUGUGAGAGGGGGAGUGAGGACAGAUUGGAGGAGGGAGACAGCGAAGGAUGUCUGUGUGUGUGUGUCUGUGUGUGUGUGUGUGUGUGAGUGUGUGUGUCUGUGUGUCUGUGUGUGUGUGACGCGUUUUACUGCUCUGCCGCUGCAGGAAGAUAAGUACAAGGACCUGAAGGUUUAUUUCUCCAAGCAAGAAUGGGCAGAGCUGCAAGAGUGGGAGAAAGUGCGCUACAAGAACAUGAAACGCAACUACGAAGCCAUGAUUGCUAUAGGGCUGAAUUCUCCGAAGCCGACCUUCAUGUGCCGCCGAUCCAGGAGCAGGCAGCCCCCUGUGGAGGACUCCAGUGACCCCGACGAGGACUGGACCCCCAGACAGGAGAGAGCCGCAGCAGCUCCAAAAACCUUUAGGCCACCUUAUAAAAGAGAUUUUGUCCACAGACAGACAACAAAAAAUGUGACUACAACUAAGGUCCAUGUGAAUAGUGAAAAGGCCCCGGCGCCCAGCAGCAGUGUUGCUGGCCCCAGUGCAGAGACCCCCUCCGCAUCCACCUCCAGUUCUGAUGAGAACAGAGGAGACUCAUUCGAAGGCUUCACUGAUGAUGAACUGGCUGCCUUUCUUGUGUACGACAGCCCUUCUGAGAGUGAGGAGAGUGGAAAAGCAGAAACUCGGAAAGCGGACUGCGAGGACUGCCAGACCUUCUUCAUUGAUGUGUGUGGGCUGCAUGGCCCUGCACUGUUCAUUCCAGACACGGCCGCUGAGGUGGGCCUGGCACACAGGGCUCGCCUCACCACACCUCAGGGCAUGAGCAUCAGAGUCUCCAAGAUCCCAAACGCAGGGCUGGGGGCCUGGAACGAGCGCGGCGUCAUUCCCAGAGGGGCCCACUUCGGGCCGUACCAGGGGGGGGUGACUCGCGAAGAGGAGGCCGUCCUCAGUGGAUAUUCAUGGGUGAUAACUAAAGGGAAGAACGAUCAUGAGUACAUCGAUGCUAAGAGUGAAGCUAACUCAAACUGGAUGAGGUAUGUGAACUGUGCCCGUAAUGAAGAGGAGCAAAACCUGGUGGCCUUUCAGUACAAGGGUGAGAUCUACUACAGGUCCUGCAAGCCGAUCCCACCCCGCUGUGAGCUGCUGGUGUGGUACGGGGACGAGUACGGCAGGGAGCUGGGCAUCCGCUGGGAUCUGAUGUGGGAGAACAAGUGUCGCUCGACAGAAGCGGAUUUGGAGCAAGACCUCGACAUCUAUCCCUGCCCUCACUGCACCAUCGCCUUCACUGCCGAGCAGUACCUGGAGAAGCACACAAAGAGGACUCACCCUGAGGAGUAUGUGGUGAUACUGAGAGCGCGCUCACUCAGGAAUCAAUCGUCACAAAGCGGGGCGCAGCUUCCUGUACCCCCGGUGAGCUCAGUGACUGCACGCUCUGGGAGAGUUCACAAAUCAGACUCGCAAGCUUCACAUCGCUGCUCUGAGUGUGGGAAGAGUUUCACUCGGUCAGGAGACCUGAAAAAACACCAGCGAACUCACACAGGAGAGAAACCAUAUCGCUGCUCUGAGUGUGGGAAGAGUUUCACUCGGUCAGACAGCCUUGAAACACACCAGCGAACUCACACAGGAGAGAAACCGUAUCGCUGCUCUGACUGUGGGAAGAGUUUCAGUCACUCAGUAUCCCUGAAAGCACACCAGCAAACUCACACAGGAGAGAAACUGUAUCGCUGCUCUGACUGUGGGAAGAGUUUCAGGUGGUCAGACAGCCUUGAAAAACACCAGCGAACUCACACAGGAGAGAAACCAUAUCGCUGCUCUGACUGUGGGAAGAGGUUCAGUCAGUCAGGACACCUUGUUUCACACCAGCGAACUCACACAGGAGAGAAACCGUAUCGCUGCUCUGACUGUGGGAAGAGGUUCAGUCAGUCACGCAGUCUUGUUUCACACCAGAGAACUCACUCCUGACAUGCCGAGCCCUGCAUGACUUCACUCAUUGUGAGGGGAAAUAUGUUUCCUUUCAUAACUGAACACACACCUACCUGUCAAUGUUAAACAUUGUGUUGAUUUUGUUGAGAAAUUAAUUGAGCUGCACAAUUUUAAACAGGGACAAGGUUGGGAUCAAUAAUCUGCAUUAUAAAAAAAAACUUACGACAGUACUGUACAUGCACACUGCAAUCUUGCAGUUUAUUUCAUUUGAACCGGCUUCAACCAUUGUGUUUACAAUGUAUUUACUAUACAGAUCUUUGAUUGAACAUGCUUUUACUGUACUUUACUACACUUUGUUAUUCCGGCUCAAUGACACCAUCAAUCCCUGAGCUCCUCUAUCCCUUUGUUCCAUUGUUCUCUAGAACCCUCUUUAUGUUCCGUAACUCACAGUGAGAGUUCCAUGGAACCUUCUUACUUAGUGUUCCAAAGUCCAUAGACUCUCAGUGUUCCAUGGAACCUUCUUACUUAGUGUUCCAAAGUCCAUAGACUCUCAGUGUUCCAUGGAACCUUCUUUGUUCUCCCUCUGAGUCUCAAUUGAAGACAUUGAGAAAGAAUUUCUGGUUGAAACGUUUGUCAUUGAAUUUAUUAGGUUUAUUUUAUUUUAUCACAAUGUAGCGCUAUUGUGGGUUUAAUAGUUAUGGACAAGCUGAUAUAAUGAUGAGAUCCUCAAUAUGCAAAGUCAUUUAAAGACGUUUUUGCUGGGAAGAUGUCAAAGUCUCAUAGACUUUUUACCAACGCUACCAUUUUAAUGAGGGGUCUAAGGGUUUAAGUUCUGUUUUUAAAGUGAACAGACUCCUUUGUUGUUGCCUGUGAUUCAAUGUCAAUACACUUUGCUAUUCUGUUUUAAAAUGUUUAUGCUUUGUUAAAUUAAAACAACAUGCCUGUUAUGCUUAAAUAUGCUAUUUAAUAUUUAUGAUUAUUUAUUUCACUUUUUUUUUUUUUUAAUCUUUAUGAGAUUAACUGGACAAGUCGUAUUCUAUUUUAUGGCGUUUUACAUUUCAUCUCCUGGCAGAUACAGCUGCUGAUUUUAUACGAGAUGAAUCUGUGUUUUUAAAUGUUAAUAUUUAAUUCAGGAGCCCCAAUAAACGUUUUAAAGACAAGAAAAUCACUUGUGACGUGUCUCUGAAUGUUUAGUAUUGUAAUUAUACAAGCAUUCUCAGAUAAUUCUAUUUCUGUAUAUAUACACACACACACACACACACUCUGU